AUGAAGCUAUAUCUUAUUCAACAGCUGAAAGAUUUUAAUGUCCCAGGUUAUAGAACUCAGAAUGCAUGGAGUAAAGAGGCAUGGAAUAAGAUUGUGGAUAACAUAAACAAAAAGUUUGGCUUGUCACUAGAUGUUAAAAAAGUGAAACAAAAGGAACAGGAUCUGAAGAAAGACUUCCGCACUGUGAAAGAGUUGGCAGCUGAGAGUGGCUUUGGUUGGGACCGUAUCGGAAUGAAAGUUGUUGCCCCAGAUGCCGUUUGGGAAUCAUUUGCGGAGCGUCGUAACACGGAUGCACUCAUAUGGAGAGACAAGCACUUUCCAUAUUAUGAUGAUUUAUUUGCAUUGUAUGAAGGACGGUAUGCUGAAGGAAGGAAUAGGCGUGGCAUGGACUAUUAUGCAGAUAGGGAUAAAGAACCAUCACAAACCAAAUUUGCAGAAUCACAAGGGACCAAUGAUUAUGAUGGAUCACCCUCACCUAAUAUAAAUGCUGCUGAUUUUCCCAUUGAAGAAGAAGGUGAGAAAGACACUUCUGAUUUUCCCCAGCAGCAAUGCCCAUCAAGGCGCUCCACACAAAUGAAUUCUCAGUUUGUGAAAACACCGGAAAUGUGUGGAGCAAGACCCACAAAGAGGCAGAAAAAUAGUGAUUUUCAAGAGAAGUACUUGAAGCUCAAGAAAGAAGAAAUUGAACGGUUUGCAGCUAUUGAGGAGAAGAAGCUUGAGGAUCCCUAUAGCAUCAGUAGGUGUGUCACAACACUUGAACGUCUACCUGGUCUACAAAUGGCUGAUAUGGUGAUGGCUGCUGAUAUCUUCAAAAGCAAGGAGAAUAGAGAGCUUUUCCUAUCGUUUUCUACGGAUGAACCAAGGGAUGGAAAUGUGAUCUCCUCAAGACUGGAUGUGGUCGAAGAGAAGGUGGGCGUAUAUAGAUGCUUGCAAGCUUUGUAA